GUUAUUCGUUGUAUAAACCAUAAAGGCCCAGAAAAGCGAGGGUUCCGCUUCCAUCAUCGCCGUAAAAAUCAGUGCCUCCGGCUCCGGCGGUCUUGCGUGCUUUCAACGCUUCGUCACUUCUCAGUCCUCCGUCUUCCGCCAUUUUCGUACCUGCAACGAUCAACCUGUACAGAAAAAUCAUAUCUCGGUGAAGAUAUUAUUCUGAAAAGUUGAAGCAAACAAUGUCUACACCGGAAGGAGAAGAGAUCACAACAGUUUUCAGAGUGAUGAAAACAUGUUACGAGAUGCUGAAAGACCGUGGCUACGAAGUUGAAGAUUCAGAGAUAAACAUGACGAGAAAGGAAUUCAUUGACAAGCACAACGGCACCAUUAGAAGAGAAGAGCUUGCUUUCACCAAGUCCAAACCAAACAACACUGAACCAAUCUAUGUUUUCUUUCCAAAUGAGCUGAAGAUUGGUGUUAAGGUAAUCAAGGCGUAUAUGUUUCUUAUGAGAGAUGAGAACAUUCAUAGAGCAAUCAUAGUGGUUCGACAUGGUAUGACUCCCUCAGCCAAGGCAUGUCAAGCGGAGAUUGCAGGAAUGUACCAAAUGGAUGUUUUUCAGGAGGGUGAGUUGUUGGUGAACAUUAGAUAUCAUUACCUUGUUCCUGAACAUAUCCCACUUACCAAAGAAGAAAAGAAAGAAUUGCUGGAUAGAUACACUGUCAAAGAAGCACAGCUACCUCGGAUUUUGCAUACAGAUCCAAUUGCAAAAUAUUACGGGUUAAGGCGAGGACAGGUUGUUAAAAUUCUGAGACCAAUUGAGACGGGAACAAGCGAGAAAGACAAGGAUGAUUUUGAUUCAAACAAAAAAGACCGUAAACAAGAGAUCUGUUAUGUCACAUACAGAAUGGUUGCCUAAUUCCAAUUAAAAAACAAAUCUCGUCGUUUUGUUUUUAGGCGAAUAGGUUAAAAUAUAGCUUUUGGUUUUAAUGGUAUGUCUUGAGUUGAGUGGAGUUGACUUGACAUAAAAAUAAGUUUGAAAAUGACUUGAGAAGCGGAUUUGGGCGUAAAUAAUAA